GGCGCUGUGCGCGCGAGUCGGAUCGCGACCGCUCAAUGGAGCAGCAGAAGAAGAAGAAGACGGGAACAUGUACAAGGUUGGAGGAGUUGCAGGAGUCUCGGGAACUCUGGGAUUGAUCUCAGCUUCUGUUCUGGCCGCCACCGAUGACAAACCCAGCACAACUUUGAGUGUAGAUGAGCUGUCUCUCUACACGACUGCGGCGCAGAAGAUCCAGCAUGUGGAGCCGGAGACCGGGCCGGUGGAAGAGGGUGUUUCCACACUGAGAAAACUGGCAGAACCUUAUGUCACCUGGUGCCAGCAAACGGCCAGCUCGGCCAAACACACAGUCCAGGGCGUCUAUGGGACGGUGAAACCCAAGGUUGACGGCACUGUACAGUUUGGGCAGAACAGUUAUGCCUACUUGAAGAACCCUCCGCCUGAGUUUUACCCCAGAGCCGGAAUCAUCGGCUUUGCCGGGAUCCUGGGCCUUUUCCUUGGAAGAGGCUCGAGACUGAAGAGACUGGUCUACCCUACUGGUCUAAUGGCUGUGGGAGCUUCCAUGUAUUAUCCACAAGAGGCAGUGACCAUCGCGAAGAACACAGGAGACUCCAUAUACGACCUGGCGCUUCAGGCUUAUGUUUCUGUGGAGAAGCUGAUCAGAAACACACCAGCCUCAAAGAAGGAUCAAGCGGAAAAGACUUCCAGCGGGGAGACCAAAGCUUAGGUACAUAAUCAACUCUCAGGUUUGUUGUGGUACAGCAGAGAUGAGAUCUCCAUCGUUCGCUCACUUUUAUUACAUACUUUUGCACUAGCCACUUCCUCUUUCAAUCUGUCGAUCAUCAGAGAGGCGUUAGUGGUCUGUCUGGAACGUUUUUAACUACUGGGAUUGUGUUAAAUGCACUGGUGUACCUAAAUAAAUUAUAUAUACACAGA